GUGAACCUCAAUGGAGGAGAAGACAUCUGGGACACGUAAGAUGGGGGAGGGGAGGCAAGCAAGAACAGGUGCAGUGCAGCAAAGGUUCCACCCAGCGAGGGAGUGCCAGAAAUCUUCAGCUGUCCUGCUGCAGUCCAGGUUCCUCACAAAAAUAGAUUCCCCUGAAAUAAGCAGUGUGUCAGCUAAGAGAAGAAGAGGACUCUGCAGGAAGCCCUUCCCCUUCUCCCACCUCUUGGAGAGCAGAAGAUGUUACCCAGGUUAGCCGCUCUCGUGAUGGUCCUGGGGAUCCUUCCUCUGCCCCUUAGCGGCACCCAGAACUGUCUGAGCAAACAGCACGUCGCAGCCGCCAUUCAACAGAUGCAGAAGCUGCUCGCGGCUCACGAGGCGGCCCAGAUGCGCAGCCUGCGCAGCCUGAAGAAGCAGCUCGCGCUCCUGCCAGACAGUGCCCACAAGCCGCCGGCCAAGCGGAACGAGAGCUGCACCCUCCCUCCUGCACCCACCAACGGCAGGAGGCUGGGCAAAGGGACAGCCGUGGGGAACGAGGUCUUUUUCGUCUGCAACCCUGGCUUUGCACUGACCGGCUCCGAGACACGGGUCUGCCUGGAGAACAGGAUGUGGAGUGGACGGACGGCCUUCUGCAAACGCACCAGCGAGUGUGCCAGUCAGCCCUGUGCCAACGGAGGGACCUGCCUGGAUGCUGUUCACCGCUACAGCUGCUUGUGCCCCACUGGCUGGUCGGGGAACAACUGCCAGGCCCCCCUUCAUUCCUACAGGGCAGCUGUGAGCAACGCAACUGUCAGUCAUCCACCCCGCUGUGUUGAAAAUCAUGGGGGCUCCCGCCAAUGCAGCUGCGAUGCUGGCUUCCAGUUGACAAGGGGAGGCAUGUGUCAAGAUGUGGAUGAGUGCCAGCUCUACCAGUCCAAUUACCACACCCGGAUCUGCCUCCACAAAUGUGUGAACCUACCUGGGUCUUAUCAGUGCAGCUGCCCAUCCGGCUAUCGGUUUCAGGCGGAGCAAAACAUAUGCAGCGAUGUGGAUGAAUGUGCCGCGAAUCAAGACAACUGCAGCCGUGGACAGAUGUGCGUCAAUGUCUUUGGUGGCUUCCGUUGCGUGAAACCCGAAUGUCCCAAGACCCAGUUCAACACAACUUAUGUCAAGACGUCGGCCUCGCAGUGUGAACGGAGCCCUUGCCCCAUGGGCAGCCAAGCCUGCCAGAAAGCUGCCCAUGCCAUCUCGUUCCACUACCUGCCCCUCCAGUCCAACCAGUCGGUGCCCUGGGUCCUUUUCAGGAUGUCCACCAGCCGCUCGCUGGGCGACAGCCUGCGCUUCGCCCUCCUAGGGGCCAACAGCCCGGGGAGACUUGCCGUCCAGCGCUCAGAUCAGCACACGGGGGAACUGGUACUCACCCGUUCGGUCCUGGGCCCAGCAAUCCUGGAGGUGGAGGUGGAAAUGAGCGAAUUUGCCCAGAAGGUUCUUCUAGGGAAGCACAUCUUCAAGGUCACCGUGUUGGUUUCCCAGUAUGACUUCUGAGCCCCUUGGAAAGCCGGCCAGGCCUUGGAGAAGCCCAGGAGCAGAUGUGGCAGGAAUCUUGAAGGCCAAACCAAGUCUUGAUCGGCUGAAGCAGACUCUCCUCUCUCCUCUCCAAGUGGUUGGACACUUCCCCCACAAUCUGUCCCCUCCGGGAGGCUUUGAGGGAGAAGCAAUGGAGGGGAAGCCCCUCCACUGUGGAGGAAGGCCAACAAAAUGAUUGGAGUUCAUGCAACAGCUGGCAGGGGCAAAGAACUGGAAGGCACGUAAAUCCUUGCGACCGGAAUUGCGGCAAGAAUAAACUCCCAGGAUGGGUCAGUGGGCUUUACUAGAUGUAGGUGUUCCCCUAAGCCUGCGUGCAAGAAAAAGGCCAAGUUGCACAAAGCCCUGCAGAGCUUGGAAAUUCAGCUUGGGAUGUGGGUAAUAAUAGCCAUUCAGAAAUUCAGCUUGGGAUGUGGGUAAUAAUAGCCAUUCAGGACGGCAGCCUUUUUGGCUUGGUCAGAGAGCACGCUGCUGGAAUUUAUUCCACAAUCCCUACGUUCCUGGUGGAACGUAGGGAUUGUGGAAUAAGGUGGGUGGCUCUGACUCCUUUGGGUAGAAAUUGGUUUGAUUUUUUUUUAUAAUUUGCCUCAAAUUCUAGCUGGGAAUCAUUUAUAGGCAUCUGAUUUCCCCUGGCUCAGACUUGAUACAAGUAGGCCUUGUUUAUCUUUAUAAGCAAACUAGAUUUGGUGUGUAAAUAGCAGUCAUUAAAAUACAGGGUUUUGUUGUUAUCCUGUGUCAAAUGCUUUGGCUGCCAUAAAAGACGGUGGAUAAUCACCCUAUGGCAGGGGUAGGCAACCUUGGCUCUUUUAUGACUUGUGGACUUCAACUCCCAGAAUUCCUGAGCCAACCAUCUUUGGAAGCUCAUGUGCUGCUCUUUUCUCCAAAGGCCAAAGCAGCAGAGA